AUGCUGUUCUACUUCCGUCCCCUCUCAAAUGUCCCUGAGGUGCAGCUACUGAUUUUUGUGGCCUUCCUUCUUCUGUAUCUGCUCAGCCUCUGUGGAAAUGCCUCCGUCAUGCUUGUUGUCCACCUUGACCGCUCCCUCCACACCCCCAUGUACUUUUUCCUGGCCAACCUGGCAGCAAUGGAAUUCUGCUAUUCUUGUGCCAUCGCCCCACUGACCCUGGCCAGCGUCCUGUCUGGGAUAAAGGUCACCAUCUCCCUUGCUGACUGUGGCACCCAGAUGUUCCUCUUCAUCUUUCUGAGCAGUGCUGAUUGCCUCUUGUUGGCUGUCAUGGCCUAUGACCGAUAUGUGGCUAUCUGCCACCCACUGCGCUACACCCUCAUUAUGAGUUGGCCAAUCUCUGUGAGCUUUGUAUCUGGGUCCUUGGUGCUUGGUUUCCUCUGUGCUUUGCAAAUAGCUAUCCUUACCUUCCGCAUGCCAUUCUGUGGCACUGGUGAGAUCAAUCACUUCUUCUGUGAUAUUCCCACUGUACUGCAGUUGGCAUGCAGCGAUGCACAUGUCCAGCAGGCCGUCCUCUUUACUGUGAGUGUUGCUGAACUCACCAUCCCCUUUCUUUUGAUCUGCAUCUCCUAUACCUUCAUUGUGGUCGCCAUCUUGAGGAUCAAUUGUUCCUCUGGUCGGCAUCGUGCAUUUUCCACCUGUUCCUCUCACCUAAUGGUCGUCUUCCUACAAUAUGGCUGUGGUGGCUUCAUUUACUUACGCCCGAGCUUUCACCACAAACCAACGUACAGCCAAGCAGUGUCUGUGGUCUACACUUUUGUUACCCCUGUUUUGAACCCCCUCAUCUACAGCAUGAGGAACAAGGAGCUGAAGGAUGCCCUGAGCAGACUGCCAAGAGGAAAAAUGCUGACCCAGAAGAACUGA